AUGGGAGCAACAAUCUCCAGCCACACUCAUGGGACAUCUGUCAGUGAAUAUGGCAAAGGAAAAUUGGAGUUCACACCUCAGAAUGAAGCAUUACUGAAUGAAAUAGUAAAACAUGUGGAGGGGCUAGUCAGUUCACACCCCAGGGAGGCAGAGACGAUUCUCAAGGAACCCUUCAAGUGGCACAGCACUCUUAAUCCUGACAGUUUUGGAGAACUUAACUUUGGUUCAAUGGGAUUUCAGAUAACGUAAUUAUGCUUUAAACUUGAUAAUAAAGUAACUCUGUGUCUAUUAAAGAUGGACAAUGUUGGGACUAGUGCUAAAUAUUUGUCUGUCUUUCGUUUAAUGGAGUCGUUCUGCCUCGACAAUAUUGAUUUACCUUGUACCACCUUGUCACAUGCUAUGUGCUUGGGGUACAUAUCGUAUGAGAUAAACAAAUCCUACAACUUGCCAUGCUUGCAAAGCAAACGUAUCGCUGAAAUGCGCAAGUCAGUGGUAAGUUUGAUUUGCGAGCAUGAUUAAUGUCAUAGACUCACUGUAAGCACAUCCCAUAAUGAGACAGUGUUGCAACAUGUAAAUCAGCUUUUAUAUACAGUAUGACCAGAUAACUAUAGGGUCUAUCUCUAGCUUUCCUGUGUCCAUGGAAAAUGUCUACCCUGUAGAAGUGUCCAUUAGAAGACAGUUGACUGUUUGCUUUUGUUAAACCACUUGGGUAGCCAUAAUUUAAAAUUUAUUUAGUUUUUGUGUCAAAGACAAAGUGAGGUAAAGAUUAUAUUGUUAGCUCAUGGGUUAUUAGGCAAGUAAGGGAAGUUGCCUACAUGUAGUAGCUCAUGGAGACAGUCAUUUAGACACUCCAUGUAAAUGUAUCUAUCGUAACUAACCCACAGUAUACAUGUACGUAGAAUUGUAUCCAAAAAUUCAUGGGUUUCUUUUUUGACACAUUUAAAGUCACAGUGAUGUGAAAUCUGAGGCAAAAACACCAGGUGGAGAGCAUUUAUUGUCUAUGGACAAGGUAAAUGAAUUCAGAAUAUUUUGUCAUGAUCCCUUAUUAAUCAUUUUUUUAAAAAAAAAAUAAUAGGGAGCGGACGUAAGAUCCAAACCUUCCACAUCCUGUACCUUGCAUUCCCGGGUCUGCCCCCUUUAUCUUAGCUUCUUCUCUUUAGCCCUUUUCCAACUACAAAAUGUUAAGGGUUAUUACCUAUAAACAUCCACCUUUUUCCUACCUCCCACCCUUUUAGAACUCCCACAUCCUGCCCUUUCCUCUCUUUAAUACCUCCCAUACCCCUUCCCCAGUUCUCUUGGGCUUCUCACCAACCUCCCCUACAUGAUGUUAUAACACCAUACAGUGACGGGUCCAGACCUUCAGAUAAGAGGGGGGGGGGGGCGGUCAUCCAAACCCUGAGUUAAGGGGGGGGGGCGGCCCAAAAAAAUUUUUUCAGCCCUUUGGGCCUCAUUUUGGUCUAAAAAUAAGGGGGGGCACAAGCCCUCCUGGUCCCUCCCCUAGAUCCGCCACUGCCAUAUCCUUACAGUUCAACAGCUCAGUUGUAGUGCUAGCUAACUCUCGGACUACAUCUCCAUAUUUAAGUGAGCAUCAUUUCCUUGCUCUUUUUAGAGCUCACUUGACAAUCAGUACAUAGAGCACAGUCAAACACUGUUAUUACAGACACUAAGGGGGCCAUUGAAAGUGUCCAUAGUAACAGGUUGUCCAUAUUAACCCUUUAAGUCCCAAUAGUGACCAACAUUAAUUUUCUCCUAACAAUAUCCAUACAAUGUCAAGAGAUUAGGUUAUAAGAAUUAAUAAAAUGAUCACCUAAGAGAAGAUGCUUUGAUCUUUUAUCAAAUUCUCUCAACUCAUUCUUUAAGGAAAUAUAUAGAGAUCAGUUUGGAGAAUUUGUAUGCGGAUAUUUGGACUUAAAAGGUUAAGCAGGUUGAAUUUAGAGAAAAAGUAAGAGCUUGCUUUCCCCAGGGAAAACGCAAACUGUCAGUAAUAAUCAUGUGUCCGUAUUAAGUGGGCACGUCUGUAAGAAGGGUUUGGCUGUAAGAAUAUUUCAAAAUACAAGAAAGACUUUAACAAUAAUAUUAGCCAAAAAAAUAGUCAUAGUAAAUUUAUACAUACUGUACAAAAGUCUGAGGAUUGAUGAUGUAUAUAAGUUGUGUACAAAUUUCUACAUUUUGAUCUUUAGGAUGGUGAACAAUAUGUCCUAAAAGUCUGGACAUUUGAGCAAAUUGGAAAUGUGCUCAAAGUUGCUGGAGAGAGAAAAUGCCGUGAAGCUCAAGCUUGCUUAGAAGGUAAUAUUUUUAUUUUACAAGAUCGUGGACAGGCCAUUUAAGGCAAAAUACGGUACAGUGUCUCAAGUACUUUUGCAACUCGGUUGUAGCUGUGGGUGACGUUGGUUCAUGUUGUGCUCAUAAAUUUAUUUCUUAGUUAUUUGCCUUUUACAGAAAACCAAGAUCCCAUGGUUAAUGUGAUGGGUGCGGCAUAUGCGUCUGUCAAUAGCAGUGACAGGCCCCUGUUAAAGGCGCAUGCUGAUCUUAGUAAAGCCCGGGAAGACUCGUCAGAGAAUGUUGAUGAACAGGAGGCAAGGUUUACGCUCUCUCUUCUCAUUAGCGAAAUGGAUAAACAGCUGCUAAUGACAUCACACAAUACUAUUGCCAAGUAAGUUCCCAAGUGUACUGCUCAUUAAUAGAGGAAAUGACUGAUUUAUGUCCUUACAGAUGACAAACAUUCAAAUCAUUGGCUAACGUAAUGCUUUUACAUGACAGAGCGGUUUAACUCUUUAAGCCCUAAGAGUGAUCAGCAUCAAAUUUCUCCUUGUAAUAUCAAUGCUUUGUAAAACAGAGUGGUCAUGAGAAUUACAGACAUGAUCACACAAGAUGAAUUUGCUUGAUAUUUUAUCAACUUCUCCCCUCUACUAUUGAAGGAAAUGAAUAGGGGCAACAAAUGAGAAUUCAAAUUUUGAUCUUAGAGUUGAAAGGGUUAAUACUGGAAAUGAAAGGAGGAUUUAGCAAAAUAUAAGGAUGUAGAGUCCUAUUUACAUAUCUCUAAGCUACUUGUACCUUAAUUCCUGUGAUCUGAAAAGAAGUGUCUUUCUUAAGUUUGUAUGCAUUUCAGUAUGACUAAUUUCUGAAAAAAAUUAUUUGUUGUAGGGAAGUCAGGUUGAACCCUAGUACUGUGCAGGUAAUAAUUCAAUUUAACCUCUAGCCUGCGAGCAAGCUCUCCGGGGCACUCUGGUGUGGGAAAAGGAAGGAGAGCUUGCAACUACAAGAUUGGAAUUUGAAUAUCUGCAUCAAAAAAGUCAAUGCGAAAUGCUGAUUGGCUAAGAUGAUAUUGGUAAUAGCAUAAUUUCUCUUGGCGCAUGUUUUUCAAUUUUUGUUCACAUUCUUUCUCAUUUUUCCGCUUCGCGCUGAUUGGUGGAAAUCUGAUGACGGGGAUCCAGGCCAGAGGGGGAUUGGAGGUGGAAUUCAAAUUCCAGAGAUGUAGUUGCAAGUUCUCCUUCCUUUUCCAACCCUGUCGCCAGAGCGCCUGGGAGGGCUUGCGAGCUUGCUUGCUUGUAUCGAGAACAAAUAUUAACACAUCAUUUCUCCAUGUUACGUUUGUGAGAUAGAUGUCCAUAUAAAAAGACACAUUCUGCUGCCCAUUGGUUUAUGCAGGAUCUCACCUCCCCCUGCUAAUUCAAAGGGAUCAUGCUGAAAUCGAUCAGCGUAACCUUGACACCAAGGGUCUACAUUCUGUACUGUUUAAAAUCCUUGUUGAUUGUCUGGCCAGAGUUUGAACUCACAAGAAAAACUAAGCCAACUAGCAAUGGUUUGCUUAGUUGGGAGCAAGGCCAGCUGAGACCUUGUUAUUUUAAAAAAUCAUCCUGAAUACUGAACCAGGAAGUGAAAUGCCAUAAUGAGAGCUUUCAGGACACUGAAUCAUGUCUGUCUCGUAACCUACAGGCUGAGUAUGAACUCCUGAAAACAUUUGCUGGUGAAGAAGGGAAUUGUUUGGAAUACAUUGAGUGGACACUUGGUUAGUAUGUGGUUCUCAUCAAGUAAUGUAUUUGUUGAAGUUUCACAAGCCACGUUGAUAGUUUUUUAUGGUUUAAUAUGUGAUAUCAUGCUACACCAUGUUGUUGUCACCUGUUUGGCAAACAAAAAUGAAAAAAAAUUAAAUAAAAUUAAUUGACUUUUGGUUGUUAAUUCUUUUAUGAUAUGAAACUAACAGGAAGAUUGAGAUAAUUUUGCAAGACAGUGAUGUAAAUGCACCCAUAAAAAGAAAAAAUGGUUAAGGGAUAUGGCAAGUGUUUGUCUAGAUCUAAGAUUUAUUAAUCAAACAGAUAAGAUAGCAUUGGAAAUUUAUGUACGUUGUAAAAAGCUGAUAAACAAGGCCAUUCCUAGAUCACCAGUUCAGUAAUGGAUGCCACGCCCCGCCCUGGCAGCAGGUCCAUGGUGAUAUCAGCUACUUGGAUGUGAAGCCGUUUGACAGUGACAAGUUGACUAUCACUGCAAACACAGCAGGAUACUUUCUGAACAAGGGAUUGACCCAAGAGGGACAGGUCAACCAUGAGAGAGAGGGAGACAUCUACCCUACUCUUGUCGCACUUCUUAAGGCCAAGAGUCCACAGUUUGCCGCUGCUAUUGAAAAGAAGGUAAAUUAGGUUAAAAAUAGUUGUAUUUUGUGUGUUUCUCGAUUUUGUGAAAUGAAACUUAGCUGAUGGUGUUACCUACCUCCUGGCAGGAGUUUGCAUAUUAUGGUUCAACAGAAGUUAAACAGGACAACACUGAGAAGAUUGACGAGACUUUGAAGGAAGAGGAGGAUAAUGGAUCAGCUGGAGAAGAAGCAGCUGAUGGAAUAGAGGCUAAAAAUCAUCAAAAGUGAGCUUAAAAUUUACCAUCAUUCUUCCAAUUUGCCAUACAAGAGCCUUUCAUAGCACUGUGCAGGACACAGGUCACAUUUGAACCUUGUAUUAUGCAUGUGUACACCUUGUUCCACAAUGGUGGUAAAAUUAACUUUUUUUACUGUUAAUGUUGAUUAGCACUCUUUGCCUCAAUUGUUAGAUGUGCAGAAUUCAAACAAAUUUGAACCUUAAAAUGAAGCAUUAAGGACAAGCUAUUGAGAAGGCAAAAGAAUAUGACUUAAUUUCUACCAUUUUGGAAUUAGGUGUAUGGUCUAGCAUGACAAAUACUCCCUAUUAGUCAUGAGUAACUAGAUUAUUCAAGCCGUAUCUACUAUGUCAUUGGUGCAACUCCCUUUAAACCUUAUCAUGACAAGGUGAUGCACAUUACAUUACAUAUAUUUUUCUCCAAAGUGAGCAGCUUUACUUCACAAAAUUGCUAACAAUAGAUGGGGUUAAUACUAACCUGAGAUCAGGCUCUAUUUUCGUUUCACUUUGAAAAUUACAUUCCGGCGGGCAAGACGAAACGAAUUUCAGCGGUAGCCGUUAGAGAGAAUGUAUGAGAACCGCUAAAAUUGGGCCUGAUCUCAGGUUAGGUUAAUACAGGCUCAACCUUUGCUUCUUGGAUUGUCUCCUAUUCCAGGGGAUGAGCAUGCAGCAGAGAAUACUGGGAACAAGGUUGAUACAGACCGGCUAUGAAAAUGCUUACUAGCCUAACUUUUGAAAUCUGUUUAUGAUUAUUAUUUUUUGUCUUUUCUUCAGCGCGGCUCCUAAGACUAAAACAACCAAAACGACGCAAAAGAAGAAAGGAACCAAGGGAGCAAAGACAUAUGAAUCAUCACCUCGCUGGAAAAAUAUCAAAAUUGAAUUCGGUGCAGAUCUAAUUGGUGACCAAGAGUAAGUAGUCUAACCCUUUAAGUCCCAAUAUCCACAUGCAAAUUCUCCCAUGUGAUCUUCAUCGUUUCCUUGAAGGAUUAGCUAAGAGAAUUGGAUAAAAGAUCAAGGCAUGUCCUCCUUGUUGAUCAUUUUAUUAAUUCUCUUAACCUAUACUCCAGUUAAUGUAUAAAAAUGUUAGGAGAAAAUUGAUGUUAGUCACUUUUGGGACUUAAAGGGUUACAUCAGGGAUUUUUUAGCUAAUCAGAAGUAAAAUACCAGCAGGGAGGUAGGGAUAGCUUAAAACAUAACAAUACACAGACUUACAAAGGUUCCUUUCUUCAGUGACCAUUGUGAACACUGACUUCAGAUCAAGAUUGCCCUUUAAAAAUGUCCAGCUUGUUUAAUUGUGUAUUGUUGUGCUUUUUUAGUGUUAAUGAUGGUAAGCAGAUUUUUUUCAGACCAAAAAACAUUUGAAAUAAUGCAGUUUUGUGCAUUACUUACAGUGUCUCUAGAGAAUAAAUAGUUUAAAGUUUUUUUUUUCUUUACCUGCACAUAUCACUCAUUUGUAAAGCCACUGCACAGAAAACUUACAGGGGUUUUAGGGAAGUUAAGAGCCAUUAUUUUCAUUUCACAAUAUUAGUAUUGUUUGGUGACUGUAAUUCUCUAUAUGUGCAGGAAAAAAGACAAAGACAAGCAGAAGGGCAAAAGCACCCCUGACAAGAAGCCACCAUCUAGACACGCAAAGAGCAGGUAAGAACCUUUGUACAGACAUUGUUAAAUAUCUUACUCUUUUACUCCACAGAGUCAAUUGUCAUUGAUUUUUAUCCUUGGCUUAAUUAAUUUAUUUUUUGUUUCAAACUCAUUAUCAUUAACUAGUAUACCAAAAACAAAGAAAAGUAAGUUAAGACAAAAAUAGAUUUGAACCGCAACAGAGACAAGAAAUGUAGUUCUUACUUUUGAUGACAUCCAAUUACAUUUCCAUUUGAAUGAAAUGUCUUUGGCAAUGGCAUCUUUGAAAUGGGAUUUGCAAUUUUUGUUGCAUUUUGUAUUUUUGGCAUAUUUUGUAACAACGUAGGGAUGGUUGUAAACACUUUUGCUUGGAGAACUUUUCAACAUGUGGUAUGUAUCAAAUGGAAUGGUGGAUUUUAACAAGGGUGGAAAACAGGGAGGAGGGGUGGAUAGUGAGGGAAAUAUUCCUCUCCCUUUUCUUCCCCUCCCCUCUCCUCCCCUCCCCUUUUUGCACCUGCCACACGGGCUGAUUGAAUAAGGUUUAGUUUGUAGCUGUUAGAGUCAUUAACCCUUUAAGCCCCAAUAUGCACAUACAAAUUCUCCAGACUGAUCUCUAUACAUUUCUUUUAAGAAUAGUUGAGAGAAUUUGGAUUAAGAUCAAAGCAUUCUCCCUUUGGUUAUCAAUUUAGUAAUUCUCAUAACCUUUACUCUUCAUGACCUGCUGAUGUUGUUAGGAGAAAAUUGAUGUUGGUCACUCUUGGGUUCUAAAGGGUUAAUUUUGUUACUGCUUUGUUUCUUCAGAGAGGCAGGAAAGGCUGGUAGAGUGUCCGUACGUUCUCAGACAAAAGGUGAUAUGGAGGAAGACUUCUCUGAAAGUUCUUCAGAAAGUGAGGAGGAGGAAGAGAACCAAGACAGACGACAAGAGUCUAAUGCUGAUCUUCCAUCUGAAUACUGGCAAAUUCAAAAGCUUGUCAAGUACUUAAAGGUAAAUAGCUGCUCAAAGAAAUUAUUGUCCAGUAGCCAUCUCCAGUUUGAUGAAUCAUUAAAUUUUUUAAACAAGUGAAAGUGUAUGUUAGAUAUGGCCCAUAUCCAGGUAAUAGUGAUCAACAUCUAUCAACUUGAGAAGUCUUGCACACUCACACAGGGUUGCCAAAGUAUGUGCAAUGGUUUAAUUGUGCACAGGACACUUGAUUCAAAUUUUGAUGCUUUUCUAUAUUUAGAGUGGCAAUCAAACCGCUACUAUAAUAGCUUUGUGCGCCAUGAGGGAUUUCAAUCUUCAACAAGAGACAUGCCAGCUGGCUAUCAGAGAUGUUGGAGGACUUGAGGUGUUGAUAAACUUGCUGGAAACAGAGGAAAUAAAGUGCAAGGUGAUCUUUACAAAAUACUUUUUUCCACUGCUUGACGUAUCCGCUUGAAAUGAUUAGUCGGGGCAGUUACUUCUUUUCAUGCAUUUUUACUCUUUCAUCUCUUAUUCAAAACUGCACGAUCAACAAUUCGCAAUUUUCACUUGUAGUUGGAGCAGAUGAAAGUAAACACUGAUCUUUACUUUCCUCUUGACCUUUCAGAUUGGGGCUUUAAAGAUUUUGAAGGAGAUUUCUAGAAAUUGCAUCAUAAGAAAGGCAAUUGCUGACUUAGGAGGUGAGGAGGGGCCGACGGCAUAUUGAUCAUUUCAGGGGGAGAUAGUCUCCCAUGUAGCCCUUAUUUGCCUCAUCAUGGAGGCAAAUUCUUCUGACCCUUCUUUAUCAGGGAGGCAUGUUCUGUGACAGCCCCAGUGAGGCUGUGUAAGAAACUGCAGACGAGAUUGCUGUAGCCUGCAAGCAAGCUCUCCGAGGCGCUCUCGCGGCGGGGCAGGAAAAGGUAGGAGAGCUUGCAACUACGUUUCUGGAAGUUGAAUGGCUCCAUUAAUUCCCCUGUGGCUCCCUGUUGACUAAGCGACCAGAUUUCUGCCAAUCAGCAUUUCGCAUCGACUUUUUUGAUGCAGAUAUUCAAAUAGCCUGAAAUUCAUCCGAUUGCUUCGAGUCGUUUUCUCCUCUCAACAACACGCUACUGAGGGAGUAAUAACGACUCGAAGUAAUCGGAUGAAAUUCAGGCUAAUAUUCAAACUCCAGGGACGUAUUUGCAAGCUCUCAGCUCCUUCCUUUUCCCUUCCCGCCAUGAGGUGUUGUACAUGUACAGUGUAGCACUGUUUACCAGGUGUUUGUUUCAAUUUUUAUUCUUCCCAUAAUACCUUGCGCCAGGAUAGUCCAGUCAUUUACGGGCCCCGUGCGAUUUGUCGAAGCACUUCCGGCGAAAGCUGACAUCGUAAUGUAACUUUAUCUUCUUCAGGUUUACAAACCAUGGUCAAGCUUCUCCAGGGAUACAAUGAUGAGCUGAAGUGUCUUGCUGCAGAGACUAUUGCGAAUGUCGCUAAAUUGAGGAGAGCAAGGCGAACUGUCCGGCAGUUUGGAGGCAUACGAAAACUGGUGAGUGUGAGAAAGGAGAAUUUGUGAACUAGAAUGAAACAAGCACUUCAAAUUUCCUAUGGCUCGUAGCUCUUCAAGGUGAUUUUAUUAUGGGCUGCCUGUGAAAUUGCGACAUGAUAGUUUGGGUCGUGGUAUUGCUUUUGGUAAUAUCCAGUGGCGGAUCUAGGGGAUGGGCCCGGGGGGCCCGCCUCCCCCCUCCCCCCUCAUUUUUGGACAUAAGCCGAGGCCUUCUUGGUGAGUUUGUGUGAGGUUACUUUAUAUUGAAGCUAAUAGCUAUAGAUGCCUUUAUCGCUAUCUCAGAUGAUUGCAUCCAGCAUUUAGUCAGAGUAAUUAAAGCACGAGAAAACACAGCAAGCAUACGGUUUUACUCCUUUCGGUCGAGAGAAUUUUUUCAACCAGUAAAAAUGUUUUUUUUUGUGCUAGGUGGCACUUCUGGAUUGCGGAUCUCUUGCAAGUGCAUCUGCCAUGCAAGCAGACGUGGCACGCUGUGGAGCACUGGCUUUAUGGAGCUGCAGUAAAAGUACUAAAAACAAGCAAGCCAUCAGGAAAGCAGAUGGUAUUCCUCUGUUGGCCAAACUGCUCAAGUCUAACAAUGAAGCAAUGCUUAUUCCAGUCGUAGGAACGCUGCAAGAAUGCGCUUCUGAGGUUAGUAUGACCCCCGCUUUCACACUGUUUCGUACUGAAAUAGUGAUACGCUCAAAAAAGAACACUUGAUAGCAGGUUAAACCUCCAUGUACAACCACCUUUGGGGUGGAUUUCCGCUGUAGCGUAAAUUUUAUGUGCGUACGCACAUAAAACUUUUACGCGCGUAAAUAAAAUAGCUGCAAUGUAUACAAGGCCGCUCGUAAACGUAAAAACCUCCAACCUCGCUUUACUUUUAGGUUUACGCGUGAUCUUCCAUACACUGCCUCUGUUUUACCGACGCGCGUAGGCAUGUAAAAAUUACGCGACAUUGGAGAUCCACCUUUAGCAAGCGAUCAUAUCCACAAUACCAAGCACUUUGCUUGGCAUUGUGGGAAAAGACUAUCAAAUCCUAGGAUUUUAGGUUGGUUCAAUUGUAUAUUCCUUGUUGAAAAAAUCUUUGUCAAAUGUAUGGAAUUCUAAAAUGUAAAAGCCAGGUAAAUAUAUGCUAACUUUCCAAUUGUUGAUCAGCGUUGUAAAUAAUUAAUGCGCAAGGUAUUUGGAACUUUGAAAAACUCUCUAGCGGAGUGCUGUUGGUAGUCGUGCUUUUAAAAAGUUUAAUGUAUUACGGUAUUUCUUUUUCAGGCAAGUUACAGGCUUGCUAUUCGCACUGAAGGAAUGAUCGAGGACCUCGUAAGGAACCUUAACAGUGAAAACCAAGAACUUCAAAUGCACUGUGCUAGUGCAAUAUUCAAGGUAAAACUACUACUGAAUGAAGAAUGAAGAAUGCAUCGGAGGGCUUUUUCCACCAUGCCACUGAUGUUGUCGACUGGCUCACAUUUCCAUUAUCUUCUUAACCUUUGGUCAAAAUGGGCAGUUUUCACGAAGUUUUUAACGUAUCAUUUGUUGCUCUUGUUUUCAGUGUGCCGAGGACAAUGAAACCCGUGAUCUUGUCCGGAAAUACGGUGGCCUGGAUCCUUUGGUAUCUCUUUCGUUCAAUGUUGAAAAUAAGGAGUUACUCGCAGCAGCCACAGGCGCUAUUUGGAAGUGUUCCAUCAGCCGCGAAAAUGUAACGAGGUAAUACAAUACAACCCUGUCUCUUUUAAUCUAAAAGUGGAAACCGUCUUGCACAGCGUGACUGAACUCCACCAGAGGAAAGUACUGCUCAGCAGCUUUUAUUUGAAUGGUAAAACCAAAGUUUGAGCCACCUUGUACAGCAUAAUAAACAGUACCACAGGAAAGUACUGCUCAGUAGCUUUCAUUUGAAUGGUCACACCAUAGGAUUUCAUCCACAAACUCAAAAGUUAGAGUCACCUUGUACAGCAUAAUAAACAGUACCACAGGAAAGUACUGCUCAGUACCUUUCAUUUGAAUGGUAACAUGAUAGGAUUUUAUCCACAGACUCAAACGUUUCAUCUUAAUACUCAUACAUAUUGAUUGAUGUUUGCAGAUUUCAAGAAUUGAAGGCUAUCGAGCAACUGGUAUCUUUAUUGAAUGAGCAACCGGAAGAGGUAAGUAAUAUAACAUCAUUUUACUUACUGAGUACUGUUUCUCUUUCUUAGUGCGAUAAGGAUAAGAGCGAUAGCAAAAGCGAUAAAUGACAAUUAUCAUAACGACAUUGAAAUAAUGUUCUCGUGAGAUGUUUAGUGAUGACGACGGUGGUAAUGAUAAAAAAGAAAACGAUGAUAUUGAUGAUGGUGACACUACUGUGGUGAAGAUGAUAAUGAUGAUGACGACUUUGGUUUGCGUAAUGAUGAUGAGGAUGACAACGAUGAUGUUGAUGAUGAUGAUAUGAUGGUGGUGGUGGUGGUGGUGAUGAUGGUAUGAUGGUGGUGGUGGUGGUGGUGAUGAUAAUACUGAUGAUGGUAAAUGGUGGUGGUGUUACAGACGUUUGACUGAAAUAAACUGGUGGUGGUGGUGGUGAGGAUGAUGGUAUGAUGUCCGCUGGGGGUGGUGUAUUGGUUGUUGAUGAUAUUCAUGAUGAUGACUUUGAUGAAGGUUAACCCUUUGGUGGUGGUGGUGGUCCAAAUUUCCAAAGAUUUGGUAAAAUGUUGAAAUAUUCAUGAAAUGAUGACAUUUAAAUGGUCACAUUUGAAUGAUACAAAAUUCAAAAGAUGAAGGGGUUAAUGAUUAAGUUGGUGAAUAAUGAAUGUGAUGCUCUAGCCUCUUAACUACACUUGAACAUACAUUCUCUUUCUUAUUACGUUGUUGAUACUUCUUCCCUUAUUAAGGCAUAUAUGUUUCUUCCAUGCACAGGUCUUAAUUAACGUGGUGGGAGCUUUGGGGGAGUGCGCACAAAUCCCGGCCAACAGAACUACCAUCCGCAAGGCUGGCGGCAUACCCUCACUAGUAAACCUGCUGACCAGUACGAACCAAGCUCUCUUAGUAAACGUCACCAAUGCAGUGGGGGCUUGUGCGACUGAGCCUGACAACAUGGCGUGAGUUCUUUCUUUCCUUUUCUCUUUGUCUUUGUUGCUGUUUUUUUUUUUUAGAUUAAAUUCCUUGUUUUUUUUUCCUUUGCAGUAUCAUUGAUCGUCUUGAUGGAGUACGUCUGUUAUGGUCUCUUCUGAAGUCGAAUAACCCCAACGUGAGUUUAAUUUUUUUGCCUCAACACUUUCAUCCACUGUCAAACUUUACUGACAAGGUUUAUGUGCAGGAGCCAGUUGCAUAGAUUUUAACGCCAGACCUAUCUGCCAGUACCCGACUUUCAGCUCAGUCGACUCUUUAUUUUAUCGCCAGCUAGGUUUUAUGCAGAUAGUCCCACAAGCGUUGAUCUGACGGGUAGAUUUUCAUUCUCAGACGUUUUUUUACUCAGGCUCAGGUUCAAAUUGUAAUUAGUUCUUAUAUACACAAGCGUUGUUUUUGCAGGUACAAUCCAGUGCAGCUUGGGCGAUUUGUCCCUGCAUUGAAAAUGCAAAGGUAAGUCUGGAUUGUGUUGCUUAUCGAGUUAGUGGAAACAAGCCGGUCUCCUUCACAGUCCUUCAAAGACGGAUCUAGAAAAUUUAGAAAGAGGAGACGGGAGACAAGCAAAGAACUCUGAGAGCAAUUGAGUCUGUAAAAGACUGAGUUUAAUGAGAAUUCUUUCCCUUAUCACAUCCCCCUCCGCCAGCGUCUUUUGGAAGGUGUCGACCACUUUCUUCCUCCCCUCCCCUCCCACCCCAUUUCCCUUCCAUUCUCUGCACGCCGUGUAACCAUCAGAAAAUGUAGAUGUUUAUUUCAAACUAACAAAUCAGUACGUACAAAUUUUUGUGCUGCGGCUGAGUUUCUAGUGUUUAUUAACUUUUUCUUGAUAUUUUUAGGACGCUGGAGAGAUGGUGCGAUCGUUUGUUGGUGGUCUGGAACUGAUUGUUAGCCUGCUAAAGUCUAGCGACAGAGAGGUAUUUACAUUUAACUGUUGACUGUUUGAAUUUGGUCAUUGUAUUUCUGUGAAUGGUUUGUUGAUACAAAGAAAUGGAUCAGUUGCUCUAUAAGCACCAGAAAUUUGCUAAUAGUUAGCUUAAGCAAAGUCGUUUUUGAGUGAUGCACGCCAACCGGCAGUGGACCACUUACAUUCUUGGGCAAUUCUUUUGCCCAAAUUUUUGGACAGCUCGUCUCAACUAUUGGUCAAAGAUGUGCUGGCCUUUCCUUGAUGGGAGCACAUACUGGAACACUAGGAAUAUGAUUAAGAACAAAUUUGUUAGCUAGCUGGCAUUCUAAUCUCAAUUUUCUUUGGACAUUUUAGGUUUUGGCGAGUGUCUGUGCUGCCAUUGCAAAUAUCGCGAAAGAUGAAGAAAAUUUAGCGGUGAUUACAGAUCAUGGAGUGGUACCUAUGCUGGCCAAGCUUGCAACAACGGUAAAGGGCAAAAAAAUUGCUUUAUAUCCAUAUUUUACGUCGAUAGCUCGUGAUAGUAAUAACUGAUAAACUUGAGGUCGAUGUUGCGCUCAUUUUAUCCCCCUCUCUCCAUCAAUGCUCCGUGUUAACAACAAAAGGAUGUGAUCUCACCGGGGAUCGAACUCCAGACCUCGCGCACCGAAGACCGCGCACUAACCAACUUGAAAUACAGGUGUGUAUAAAUGAAAGUAAACGCUGGGAACUCGACACCAAUCAGAUCUCGAAGCCACCGAGCGCGGAAAAAGAGUAAGAGUGAGUCACUGUUGCUCAUUUCUGCUGAUUGGUUGACAGGGUGACGCGAGUGUCAUGAGCCAAUCACAGAGCGUAGCGAUGCAAAACUAAAAUACUAAUCUGCUCUACACUGCCAACCACUGCUCGAAGAUAUAAGGUGUUAAGGUUCGUUGUGUACGGAUAUAGUUUAUACCUCUUUAACAGGUUAGGAGUACUUUUUAUUGUUUACUUUUAAUAACAUACGUCUUAAACUUUCGUAUUUCAGACUGAUGACCGCUUACGGCAAUAUCUAGCCGAGUCAAUUGCCAGGUAAGUGACUGGAUCAGUUUCCUUGUUGUCAUGUCUAAAAAAUCUUCGUAUUAAUCAAUCUGUUUUCUGUGUCUGCGCAGGUGCUGUACGUGGGGUAACAAUCGAGUUGCGUUUGGACAGGCUGGCGCUGUACCGCCGUUGGUUAACUACCUUAAAUCAAAGAACCCGGAUGUACACAGAGCUACCGCCCGUGCGCUUCACCAGUUGUCACGUGAUCCUGACAACUGCAUUUCCAUGCACAACAGUGGUGUUGUUAAGGUAAAUAGAAGUCGCCUGAGGUCAUGUAGAGUUUGAAAUAGUGUGAUAAUGAAGCGAAUGUUACCUGUUAAAGCUUAUUCGCCUAUUCCAGGCGAAUAGUGGGGCCGUUCUUAGUUAGCGUUGGUAGCACUGUGAAGUUGCCAUUACUUAAUAGUUGUUUAUAUUUCCUUCACAGUAUCUUCUUGAAAUGGUUGGUUCCACUGACGAAGUCCUCCAGGAGGCUGCUGCUGGUUGCCUUGGCAACAUCAGGAGGCUGGCAUUAGCCAAUGAGAAGGCCCGCUAUCAUUGAUUGACAUUUCCAAUAUUGACUAGAACAUGUACUGGCAUGUACUUCAAUCUAGAUCUUGGUAGAGGAACUUGCAUUUUUUAUAUAUAAAAAACCCAACAGUAUAAAAGCGUAUGUUUUUCUUUGAUUUAUUCUGUCACAAGUCACUCAGUUUAUCUGUAAAUAGUUCAUGGAUAGUAUCUGCG